AUGCCACGUGGCCGCGCACCAGCAGUCGUCCUGGCUCCACCCCCACCGCCCAGCAAACCGCCGCCCGCGGUGGCCACGUUGCCCAAGUCAGAAGUCCCAAAGGUGCGUUUCGACUUUGGCUACGACGACAUCGAGGGUGGAAACUUGUUGGGGAAGCUCUUGGGGAGCCUGCAGGAAGAUCGACUCUCAGUGGCCGAGGCCGUACGGGCUCUUGAAGCGGAUCUCCGUGGCCAGGCCCCGCAAUCAGCGGCCUCCAGCAACCUCAAGGUCGACCGUGCGAAGCCUUGCCAACGCUGUGAGGUCUUGUUAUUGCAGUUGGAUGCCUUAGCACAAUCCAUGGUGGGGCUGGCCGGAGCGGCAUUUCGCUGGUCAUUGGAGGUGGCGACAGGCGUCUCGACCGAAGACCGGGAGAUGCUUUGGAAGGCACUGAUGAGCUACAUGCAGCCCUGUGCUCAUGUGGAUGCGCGCAUCGCGAGCACCUCGGAGGAUUUGUUGAAGGCGGUGACCAAAGCCGUCACUCCCGACGAGCUCUUGGGGUCCUUGGCACAACAGCGGUUGGAACAGAAGCGCGCCCAGCCCAAAGGCGCUGCGACGGCGCCUCAAGCGAAGGUCAAGGCCAAGGCGGAGCCAAAGAGUAGCUCUGCCCAGCCCCAGAGUGCCAAGACCGGGCCAAAGCGUAGCAGCACUCGUAGCAGCCGGCGGACCAGCAAGAGCAGCGCCGCGACCAGCAAGACUAGUAGCCGCUCUUCCAGCAGAUCAUCCAGUAGUGGCAGCGACUACAGCUUGGGUGCCCAGCGAUGGGAGCUCCAAACCGAAGGCGAAGGCCAAACCGAAGGCCUCGCCUGGCGGACGUGGGUAGAGCACUGCUCCAUGGAGCUCGGCAAAGUCCUUUGGCAGGAUCUGGCGGUGCGUGUCGCCGCCCUGUUGGCGGUCGAGGAGCUUUGUACCGAGGAGCGCUGCCGCACGCGGAAGGCGGUGAGACAAGUGGCACAGCUCUAUGCUGAUGCAGAAGAAGAGGUGCGCCGGACCGCCCAACGUGUCAUGUGCAGUAUCGGUCGUGAGAGGCGCUGUGCCAUCGACGCCUUGACGCAGGUCCUCACGAGCCCCAACGAGAAGGUACCGCUGCGUGGCCUGCGUGGCGUGCGGUGCAGCGGUGUUUUCGAUGGGGAGGUCCGCAUCUUCCGCAGCAUGAGGAAGAUGCGUGCACUCUCACUGGCGGCCGAGACCUUUCGAAGUGUGGUCGGGAGGUUGGAACAGCGGGCCAUGGCACGCACCAUGCGACUGGUGCGCCGGAGCAGCAACACAGGCUUGGGCGUCCGACUACGAAGCUUGCUCUCGGCGGCCGGCAAGCUAUUGACGGACACGAACAAGUCCUUGAAGGAGGAAGGCCUCCAAAACGAGGACACCGUCACCGCCGUCCCCGAGUCCGCCACCACGGCGGCUGGGAGUGUCCCCUUCGUGGCCUCGAGCCGCCACGGCGAGGGCUGCGCCUGGCGGAGGAGCGAUGGCACGGUGGUCACCUGGGGGUCGCACGUCUUCUGGGACCAGGCGACGGCAGGUACCGAUGAGGUCCUCCAGGACCUCGUGGCGGUCCAGCAGACCGCGUCGCCACUCUUAGCCUUCGCAGGGCUCAAGAGGGAUGGGAGCAUCGUCUCCUGGGGUCAUGAAGACUGCGUUCCAAGCCCCGAGGAGCAGGCACAGCUGGCAGUUCCAGGUGCCUUCCGUUGCAUCCAAUCCACCGACCGCCACUUCUGCGCCCUGCGCGCGGACGGGCGCGGCGUGUUCUUCUGGGGCCACCACGCACCGGAGAACGAGCCCAUGGAUUUGGGAGAUCGGAGCAUCAAAGAGAUCCAAGCCAACGGGAGGGCCUUUGCUGCCCUUUUGUCGGACGGCAGCGUGAAAGUCUGGGGCGAAGACUCCUGCGGUGGACAUCUGCCAUGCGACAUCGAGCGUCAGUUGAAGAAGGCGGAGGCCCCGGUGGUCGCGAUCCAAGCGAAUGACCGGGCCUUUGCGGCCAUCUUGAAAAAUGGAGAGGUUGUCACCUGGGGUGACGUUGACCACGGUGGCUGUACGUUGAACGAAAUGGCUAAAGAUGCGGCCGAGCCUCCUCCGGGCGCGGCCGUGGCUGUGGCCGCCACGCGCGGCGCCUUCGCCGUGCUGCGCAGCGAUGGAGGGGUGCAGUGCCGGGGCCGGGCACGGACCUGGCGCAAGAACAAGUGGUCAAGAGAGAUGCGCAAGGAGGGACGAGCGAAGUCCAAGAAAGCUUGCACCAAAGGUGGAGGCCUUGACGACGAAGUGAGCGACAUAGAGGAUUGCAACCCAUAUGGAGACAAAACGGAUUUGUUGAAGAAGGUUCCCAAAGCAUAUGCUGGAGGCAAGAAUGAGAGAAAUGAUUCGACAGCAUGCAACAAAAGUCAGAUCAAGGAGUGCAAAGGAGAUGUCAAAGAAUGCCCUGUCGGCAAGAAUGGGACAAAUGACUCAACAGACUGCGGCGACAGCAAGCAAAAGGCGUCGACAGGAGGUUCCAAAGAAUGCGUCGUCCACAAGACGACUGGUACGAAAGACUCAGCGGAAUGCGACAACAGUAAGCAGAAGGACUCAAAAGGAGGUUCCAAAGAUUGUGCUGUCGACAAGAAUGGAGACUACACGGACGACACAAAUCCCCACAUAGGGAGUCUGAAGCCGACGUGCGGCGGGAAGCCGUGCGCCAUUCCGAUGCAAGGUUCUCGGAACCGCGAGCCGGAAGUAGAGACGAGGAAGAAGGUUUGCAAGAAGGACAAAGAUAAAGGCAAAGGUUCUUGUUCGCCAGUACUCUAUUCCGACUCCGACGCGGAGGAAGACGGGCCGCUGGACAUGGCCGAGCUCGCUUGCUCCGUCACCGGCUCCGUCGUGGCGCUGCAAGCGACGCACGAGGCCUUCGCCGCCUUGCGUGAUGAUGGCUCUGUGGUUUGCUGGGGUUUGAAGGCAUAUGGUGGAGACUGCAGCGAGGUGGAGUUGAAAGACGUGAAGGCCAUCCAGGCCACCUCCAGGGCCUUUGCGGCCUUGCGCAAGGACGGCUCCGUGGUGGUGUGGGGCCACAAACGCACCGGCGGAGAGCUCCGCGAAGACGUGAGAAAGCAGCUGCAGAAUGUCAAAGAGAUUCAAGCCAAUGACGAGGCUUUUGCGGCGCUCUUGGGGGAUGGAACAGUGAUCACCUGGGGCGAUGAGGAGUAUGGAGGCGAUUCCAGCUCGGUGCAGCCGCUGCGGAACGUCCACGCGCUGGCGGCGGUGGACGGUGGCUUCGUGGCGCUGGCAGCGGAGGAUCAGAUUGUGACCUGGGGCGACUGUCAGCUGGGUCCGAAGAGCGAAAAGGAGGUGGAUCAGGAAGAGGGCGAAGAAGAGCCUGUAGAAGAGGAUGAGCUAAUGGAGGAAUCCGAGGAAGCCGACGAGGAAGAUCAGCAAGACCCGAAGGUGCCUAUCAUGCAGCAGACAAGCGAACCACCUGCCCCCAAGCAGCCGGCAGCCCCACAUGAGGAGGCGCCGAAGCGGCUCCGCUUGCGACUGGGCGGGCGGUCCUCCGCGGCCUCGUAG